AUGAAAAACUAAUACAAAAAUACCAUUAUUUCUUGCUUAGUAAUUGUUGCUACUUAUAUCGCCCAACUUCAAGGAUAUUCAAUAACAUCAGAUUGCUAUGGUUGCUUGUCCUCUACCAGCCCUGUGAAUAAAUAUUGUCUCUCUUAUGAAGAUGCAUCAAAAGGUUAUUGCUGCGACUUAAGUAAUACCAAUGACUUCUGCUCUCAAAAUAAGAGGUUUAUGUGUUCUGACCGAACACAAUCGAAGUCUAUGAAGUUAUAUUUAUGCCCUAAUUCAGCUUCUAAGUGCUUUUCUACAUCGACAUCUCUUGAUUUUGACUAGAAUACAUUUUCUAAGAUUAUAUAUGCAGGGGAUUAAGCAAAGUAAGUAGGAGGUACUACAUUAGACUUUGGAAAAGAUGAUGUUUGCAGUUGGAGGAUAAUAGCAGAUACACAAUUUAUUCAAGACAAAUUCAUUAGAAUCACUGUCAAUACUCUUUAUUAAACUAACUGCUUCAUUAAUUAAGGAUCUAGCAUUGACACCACCACUAGUGAGACUAGUUGUGUAUCUAAUACUGAAUAUGAUUUUGAUUCUGAUACUCAAGUUUUUAUUGUUAGUUAGGGAUUGACUUCAGGAGCAUCUAUGACUUUUACUUACUAAUUAGUUGACAGACUGUCAUUCACUCAAGUUAUUAUUAUAUAUUCGAUUUCCAUAUCAGUUUUCAUCAUCUUGGCGGCUAUUGUUGUUAUCUUGGUGGUGAGAUUUACUAUCUAAAUAGUAAUUAGAGAUAAUCAAAUUACCUGGGCAAAGUAAAAUAUUGAGCUUAAGAAUAUAAUUGAAAUUGCCGAGAGAAAAUAAAAUAUGUAGCAAAUCGGGCCAGUGGAAGACUACUUGCAUUAUCCUUAAAGUAAAACUGUUAGCCACAAUCCAAGUAGAAUGAUGAAUAGAGGCAGAAAUACUCCUUAAUCCAAGCAAAAUGAAUUUGCACUCCCUUGGGAAAGACCUUAGAAUAAUUAGAAUGGCCCUGGUCAGUUCAAUCUUUAUUGA